AUGCAAAACGUAUUCUACCCACAAGGCCAACAAGGUCAACAACCACAGAUUCACCAAUUCCACCAAUACCAACAAGCUGGCCAACAACCAGGUCAACAACAAGGUCAAGGUCAAAGCCAAAGUCAAAACCAACAAAACCAACAGUCCGCCGUAGCAUCGGGCGCUUCCCAAACUUCAGGUGCCGCUCAAUCUAGCUCAAGCAACGCUCAGAGCCAACCUCAUUUGAACCAAGAUUUCGCCUACCCAGGCCAAAACCAACAGAUCAACCAACAACAACUAUCAGAAUUGAUGUACAACUCUUUCCUAAACCAUUUGGCUCAAAAGCAAAUGCCAAACCAAUCCGGUAGUCCCUCCCAACAACAACAACAACAGCAACAACAACAGCAAAACUACUUGCAACAACAACAGCACUUGCAACAACAACAGCAUUUGCAACAACAACAACAAAAAAAUAUGUUUGCCUCCUCCUCUUUGAACGCCCAACAACAAAACUUGAUGGACACCAUCCAUUCCCAAAUGAACUUGCAACAACAACACGUCCCUCAACAACACCACCACCAACUAGCCGCUCAACAACAACACCUGCAACAAGUCGUCCCACAACAAUCCCAACGUCAAGGUCACGGCCACUCAGGUAAAGGUAAAAACGCAAACCCAACCAAAAAACUAUCCUCUACUCAAACAAGAAUAGAAAAAAGAAAACAGUUGAAGAAACAAGGUCCAAAGAGACCUUCCUCAGCUUACUUCUUGUUCUCCAUGUCCAUCAGAAACGAAUUACUACAAGAACAUCCUCACGCAAAAGUACCUGAAUUGUCAAAGUUGGCUUCCAUCAGAUGGAAGGAACUAACCGACGACCAAAAGAAACCUUAUUACGAUGAAUUCAGAAGUAACUGGGAAAAAUACAGAGUACUAAGAGAUGAAUACGAAAAAACUUUACCUCCAAAGAGACCUUCCGGUCCUUUCAUUCAAUUCACUCAAGAUAUUCGUCCAUUGGUAGUAAAGGAAAACCCAGAUAAAAACUUAAUAGAGAUCACUAAGAUUAUCGGUGAAAAAUGGCGUCAAUUGGAUCCAAUCAAGAAGGCUGAAUACACUGAAAAUUAUAGAAUCAGAUUAAAGGAAUGGGAAAGUUGUUAUCCUGACGAAAAUGAAGAAGAAUUAAAGAAAAAAUAA